GCACAACCCACCUCUUUUUUCCCUUUUCUUGUAUCUCUUUCACCAUCUUUUAAAACUCUAACAGGAGAUGGCUUCAGGCUCCCUACAGUCUAGAGACGCAGGGUCUUGGACACCAAAGCAGAACAAACUGUUUGAAAAGGCAUUGGCCUUGUAUGACAAGGACACCCCAGACCGGUGGCAGAAUGUUGCCAAGGCUGUGGGUGGGAAAACAGCAGAGGAAGUCAAGAGGCACUACGAAAUCCUUAUUGAAGACCUCAAGCAUAUUGAGGCGGGCCGCAUUCCCAUCCCCAACUACAAGUCCUCUGAUAGCAGCAUCAAUGGCGAUUAAGAAGAAAGGCUGAGAAGGUAUCUUAAACUGCAGUGAAGUCCAAUCUUCAGCAGGGGUUAUCAUCUUCAAGACUUGAAGAACACAAGAAAAUCUACAUCUUGCUUCCAGUACUAAACCCCACACCAUCAUGUCUCCUUACUACCUGAUGUAAUUGAGGUUAUUCUUCUUCUGUGAUUAGUUAAUAAUUAUAAAUGAAAAUAUCUAUU